AUGUCCAACGAAGGCUUGCUCGAAAAUGGCUACUUUAAAGAUGUCAAUCUUCUCUCCGCCAAGACCCCUUCUCUCUCUUCUCGUGCGGCAAAUUGGUGUGUAGAUUUGGUCCGUCCAGCCUUCUGGUCUAGCACACCAUCCGGCUCUGAUCCUCCUCGUCGCGCGUCGCUGUCGCAACAAUCCCCCCAGCAGCAACCUACUCUCAGACGGACGGCCUAUCUCGAUGGCAUCCGUGGUUUCGCCGCCUUUCUUGUUUACUGGAUGCAUCACGAACUCUGGUCCCACAACACCGUCGACGACGUCUUCCAACAUGCUUGGGGAUAUAAGGGGAAGCGUCACUUUAUCACUCUCCCCUUCAUCCGCACCUUUUUCAGCGGUGGCCAUUUCGCCGUCAGCGUUUUCUUCGUGCUGUCCGGUUACGUGCUGUCCAACAAGCCCAUGAGGCUGAUCCAAUCCGGCGACUUCCUCCAGCUAGGAGAUAACCUGUCGUCUGCUCUCUUCCGUCGAUGGCUCCGACUGCACCUCCCCGUCAUCGGCACCACCUUUGCCUACAUCACCUUCCUGCAUAUGUUUCAUAUCCAUGCCGUGCCCGACCCCCAGGGCUCCUAUGGUUGGGAGGUGUGGAAUUGGUACACCGAGCUCAAGAACUUUACCUUCGUCUUUCGCACCGGCGGCGAGCCCUGGUUUAGCUACAAUUUCCACUCUUGGUCUAUCCCGGUAGAGUUCCGAGGUUCCAUCGUCAUUUACACCGUGCUCAUGGCCUUCUCUCGUUGCACGCGGAAUGCCCGCUUGCUGUGCGAAAUUGGUCUCGUCUACUACUUCCUGUACAUCGCUGAUGGCUGGUUCUGCGCGUUGUUCAUGUCGGGCAUGAUUCUCUGUGACCUGGACCAGCUUGCCGCCAACCGCAACUUGCCGCGCUGGAUGUACAACCUGGAGCCAUACAAGCAUAUCAUCUUCCCAACCUUGUUCGUCAUCAGUCUCUACCUCGGAGGCGUGCCCUCAUUCUCCUUCGACAUGAAUGAGCUCAUUGACGCGCCUGGUUGGUACUACCUCUCCUUUCUGAAGCCUCAGGCUGUCUUCGACUACAAGUGGUUUUACCUGUAUUGGGCCUCUACCCUGCUGGUGGCCAGUGUGCCACGUCUGCCCUGGUUGAAACGUUUCUUCGAGACGCGCUUCAACCAGUACCUCGGACGCAUCUCCUUCUCCUUCUAUCUGAUGCACGGACCGGUUCUGUGGACCUUGGGUGACCGUGUGUACGCGGCCGUGGGGUACACCCGUCAGGCUCACGCCAUCAACUGCCCCAACUGGAUCAAUCGCUUCCCGCUAAAAAAGUCCGGCCCGUUGGGACUCGAGCCUGCCUUCUUCCUGACACAAGUGAUCAUCUUGCCCACUACCCUGUGGUUGGCCGAGAUUGUGACGCGGCUUUUCGACGAGCCGAGUUUGCGGUUUGCGGCGUGGCUCUACAAGAAGACCUUGGGUUCUGGCGUCAAGGCAUGA